ACAGACGUGGUUUUCCCAACUUGCAAUGCAGCGAAUUAACGGAUGUAAUGCGACGCAUAGCUUCCCGAUUUCUGGAAACAAGCAAACGAAGUUGCAGCCCGCAGGUUGAUCCUUGCAUGACAACCGAUUGAAUGAGAGAGAUUGAGACAUCAACGCGCAGUUACGACAUCGGGGGAUUACAGUCUGGUCAGAUAUUGGGCAAGCUAGCAAAAGGAAAACAAACGCCAUGUCGACAGAGCGAAGCUCGCAUUCAGCUGAACCAGCGGAUUUGGCGCUUUUGUUGGACCGCAUCAACAUCAACAACAACAAUAAUAAUAAUAAGAAUAAUAAUAAUAAUAAUAACAACAACAACAACAACAAUAAUAAUAAUGACAAUAACAAUUGCGGUCGCAGCAAGAGCGGUGGAACUCACAGGAAAUAUGCAACUGCUGAAGCCCCAAGCUCCAUUAGAAUGUGCCCCGCCAGCAAUCUGAACAGCAACCAAAGCAACAAACAAUUUAACUCGAUUUGCCAGCGGGCGCAGGCGGGCCAUAAGCUGAUGAUCAUAAUGCGCGGCCCUUCAGGCAGCGGUAAGAGUACACUGGCAGAGUCUCUGCUGCGCCAGGCGCAUCUACUCGAUCGACACCAGGUGCGCGACUUUGUCCUGAGCUCAGACGACUACUUCAAGACGCGCCGCGGCUAUGUCUUCAACCCCACUCUGCUGCCAGCUGCCCACGAGUGGAACCAGCAGCGAGUGCGCGAUAAGGCCGCCUCCGGCUGGAGCCCCAUCAUCGUGGAUAACACCAAUACAAUGGUCUGGGAGAUGCAGCCAUAUGUCCAGUUCGCCGUGCGCCACGGUUACGUAAUUGAGCUUCUCGAGCCCAAUACUAGUUGGUGCAAGUCUGCCAGCAAACUGGCCCAGAAAAACGUCCACAACGUCCCACGGGAGAAUAUUCAGCGCAUGCUAGAGCGAUUCGAGCGGACGACUGCGGGAGAGCUCAUUCAGUUAAUGAAGGAGACAAAGUAUUCUGUGGAGCUGCCGCAACUACGCAAUCACCCGCCCCUUCCUGCCGUGCCUAUCAUCACGAGCUUUGAAGAGAGCAAGCUGCUGGAAGCCCCAGUCCCAGCGCCAGCGGAAAAUGCCUUUAAGCUGAAUGCUAAUGCCCAAACGUGGGUGCCCUACGAGCACGGAGCGCCUUCAUACUGGUCGCAAACAGUGAACUCAGUAGACACAGGCGACGCGACAGUUCCGGAAAUUCCGGAUGCUUUGGGUGCCGCAGCUCCCGUAAAGAGCGAAUUGUCUAUUAUUGAUCUGCUCCGCGAAGAGAACCAAAUAAAGGUGGUGCCGUCGAAAGCGGAGUCUAGCGGGGCAAAGCCUCUUGAGAUGCACAGCCUAGACUGCCCAAAUGAACCGAAAGGGUUUGCACACCUGCGCCAGAUGUAUCCCAACAAACAGCUGGCCGGCCUCUGGGAUCUGUUUGUAAAGUGCCAGGCCGACGUGGAUUGGGCCGUUGAUAUUCUAUUAAAGGAGGACGAGCUCAACGCGGCCACUGGUUCGGAUCAAAUCGGAUUUGAAGAAACUAUCGAUAGCGAGGAGGCGGCGCAGUUUCAAUGCGACUGCGACAAGGCGGUUGAAGCCCAGGAAUCUCCGAUUUCAACUCCCAUCUGCGCCUCACCAACUUUACCAGUAUCGAAGACCGAAUCCAAGCCGCAACGUCAACCGCGCAACAAACGAGCAUCGGCCCCCACCAACAAAGAGUUGCAACUGAAAAUCCAGAAUUGCUUUGUGUUAGGCGACGAACAAUACUCGGAGCACACCCGUAAAAUUCGCGAUAUUCGCAAUGGAAUCCUGGAUCAACCUACAGUGCCUAAGCUACUGGAAGCACCCGAGGAACCAGAGCUUGAAGAGCAGGAGGAGGAGGAGGACCCUGAAGAAAAUACUCUGCUGGAAAUUGAUUUGGGCGGCACUUUAAUUGAGCAGCUGCGCGCUCAGUUCCACACGGAGGACGAGUUGUUGCCGCCGGAACAGGAGCUUCCCACCGCAACAAAAAUAUUUAUGCCGCGUCAGCUAGCCAAGCAGCUUUACAUGUUAUGGAUGGAAGCUGUGUUUAACCAGCUAGAGGAGAUACGCCAGCAGACAAUGCGCGAUGACGAGCAGUUCGCCCGCCUGCUCAAGCAUCCAGGUUACGCCGAUUGCAGCGAGUCUCCGAGCAACGUGGCUGAGCUUUUGGAUAUGGAGUUGGCCUGGAGCAUAUACAAUAGCGAGCAGCUGGCCGCCAAGAAGGCAGCCGAGUUGACCGCUCGCAAACAAACGCCCACCGAUAUAGCUACCCACCUAACCAAGAUGAAGCUGUGCGAGACGUUCCCGGACGUUCCUACCGACACUGUGCUUGAGGUCUUUGCCGCAACCGGCAGCAAUUACGUUCAAACAGUCGAGGUCUUGGACAGCAACGUUAAGAGUAUGCUGAGCAAAGCGGAACUCUAUGAUAAGGCCCUUCGCGAGGGCGAAAAGCUUAGUGAGCAAAUGGCGCUGGAAGAGCGGCGGCAGCAGCAGCAACAAAAGCAACAUAACUCCUCCGGCCAAGGCCAGCGCUCCAGCUCCAGUUCGUACGCCUCUGGCCGGUCGCCCCAACUGCAAGAGGAGGUCAAGUGCGCCGCUCUUCGCGACUUUGAAGAGACGCGAAACAUGGCCGCCCAUCACUCCCAACUUAAAGCAGAGUGCUAUCUAAAGGCCAAACAGGCGGUACAGCGCGGCAAUAGUAGCGUGGCGUUAUACUACUCGGAGAUAGCCAAGUUACACAAGCAGAAGAUCGACGUAUUCAACCAGAGGGCGGCCAAUUGCAUAAUGGAGGUGCAUCGGCACACCCAGAACAACCCGGACCUGCUAGACCUGCAUUACCUACACACGGUAGAGGCGAUCAGUUGCCUGGACUUGUUCCUUGACCGCCACAUAACUGUGCUGCGCAACACCACCCGCGUGUACAAGCACGUAUUCAUUAUCACGGGCCGUGGUCUUCACAGCGCAAACGGAGUGUCCACCAUUAAGAACAGGGUGAAGGCCAGGCUGGGCGAACGCCGUUUGCGAUGGCAAGAAGUUAAUCCAGGGUUGCUGCGCGUCAAGGUGUUUUCAGCAUCGCGUCAUUCAAAGAACUUCUGAUUGGAUGCGAAUCGCACGACAGGACUUGCUGGACAAAAUGCGUUUCACACUGCCAUAUAGAAAAAAAGCAAGUGUUAUUUAACUUUUGUAAUUGCCUACAAAAUUGUAAAGUUAAGUAAUCAUUUUCCCCUGUCCUGGUCGCUGUUUUACUUUCGAAUGUGUUCUAUAACCUAUGAAACAUUCCCGAUUUUAUUACUCUAUAUUACUUUCAAUGCUCGUCCCAAUUAUUUUUAAGUUUGAAUAAUGCUUCCAGCGUAGAGUUUGUGUACGACGCGAAUUCGCAAUGCGACUCAGGAAAGUAGUGAUUUAGUAUCUUCCAAUAAUAUACCUAAUCACAGAAUUACUUAUUUUUAUACUAGUUUACUCAAUGUACUACCUAGGUACAAUAGGAUUAGUGUAAAAAUAGUAGUCCUAAGGUACACGAGGUCCAAAAAUUACCAUUACAUUUCAGAUUAAUAAGCAAAUAUUGACAUUUUCUUUAUAAAUAAAUCGAAACGUGAGAAGG